GUUCUCUCCCGUCUCUCUCACUUCGCUCUCUUUGAUGACGACGAGAUCUGAUUCCGGUGACUGUCUUGUGCAAAACCCACUAACCUCCUCAGAGAAAGCUUCGAUGUCUCUUGAAGAUUUCGCUCAAGACUCGCUAAAGGUCGUUUCUUUAUCUCCACUAGAGAAGGACUCUGUUUUAGAGAUGAUAAGCUCAAAUAAUCAUGUAAAGUCUUCUCCUUUCGCCUCUAUUCCUGAGAAAGAUAGCGAGAGUAUCCAUGAGGAAGAAGCCCAGUCUAUGGAUGUGGAUUGUUCUGGAGUCUUGCCUGUAUCUGAAGCUAACUCCUCGUUUCUUGAAACGCUACAAGAUGAUGUGCAGAAGAUGGAGGAAGAUGUUGGGUCCGUUGUUUGUAACUCCGAGAAGGGACAAGAAGAUUCCGAUGUACAGAGACUUUUGGAGGCUGAGAAGAGGAGACUGUUGGCUGAGAUCGAAACGGGAACAAUCUUCAGAAAGAAGGAAGAUUUGGAAAAGAAUGAGAAUGGCUCUAAAGAGCAGUGUCAGAAGGUGGAAAGAGUGAGAGUCAAGGACAACGCUUUUGUUGGGAAGUCUGUGAAGAUCGAUGUGGUUGAUGAUACUGCCUUGCUCAAUGUCGUUCCUUUCUGCGGCAAGAAAGGCAAAGAUCAUCAUUCCAAGAGGUCAGGAACAGCUGGACACAGUGAUGAUAGGGAAGCACCAAGGAAGCAUAAGAAAACUGGAGGGAAGCAUCAACAUGUUGAAGCAAGUGGCGAUCAGUUGCGGAUGAUGUACUCUGUGAACCAAAUGAAGUCGAUGAGGUAUGCUAACAUGGCGAAUCAGAGGAAACUGUGGAGUGACAUGUAUGCUAGGCUCCUACCUGAGCUGGUGAGUGAGUACGAAGGUCUUGUUAGCUUUAAGAAGAGUCAGAAGAGUUCAAAGUCUAGUGGCAUCGGUAUUCUCGGCACCAAAGAAGGUAUAGAUGACUUAACUCUUGAAGAAGAAGGAGAAGAAGAGGAGUACAGUGAAGAUAAUGACGAUUACAAUAGCAUUUUGAAACCUGCGUUUGCGGUGGAAGGAGAACCUGAUUUUGAAUCUGGACCACCAGAAGAUGGCUUUGAAUACUUAAGACGAGUCAGGUGGGAAGCUAAGCGUGUUCCGAAUGUAAAAGUAGCCAAGAUAGAUGAAAGCAAGUACAUAACGAAAGAGCAAAGUGUCUACAUGCCACAGAUACCUGAAAUACCCAAAUGCCCAGAGCACUUGUUACCACUCAAGGAAUGGGAAGACUCAUUGCUUUCUGACUUCUCAGACCUUCGCCUGGCUUUAUCGCUAGAUACCAACGAGUGCUGCGGAGAUGAGACCAUGCCAUCAAGUCAGUCUACAGAAUAUAUGCUAAUGGGGAUCUUCAGUACACGUCUCAACACAGUUACAGAUGAGUCAUUUGGUGUGGUGGUUUCUGAAAUACAAGGAAUGGACUCGGUGACGCGGGUAUCAAGGCUGAAAAAGCGUAUAUGUUUGGUUGAGAAGGAGAGCGGUUUACAGAGCAGUGACUGUAUAUGGGUAGUAGCAUUAUGUGCAUCAGUGGAUACUCCUUUGGAUGGUGAUACUUGUGCUUGUCUCAGGGCUAUUCUGAGAAAGUGUGCGAGUCUUCGUGCUUUAGAGGUUGAAGAUGAACAAGUUAUCAUCAUGGCUAAUAUGCUCAUCACCAUCGCAGGCAGAUAUUUUGGCCAAAUGGAAUAAGAGAACUGAUGUUGUUUCUUUGAAUCUGUCUUUGUUGAAUGAAAUUAGAAGAAGAAAUACUUAAUACUUUUCCUUUUUAUGUAUCCAUAGUUUAAUUUUAAUCCAAAUCAAACAGACCUUUUCUUCUCUUUAAUUUUUUC